GGCCAAACUGCACAACUCUUUCCGUUUCCAUUUUAUUAUUUCUUCGCCUCGUUGACCCCAAGUGCCCACAGUCCUCCUUGGAACAUCUCGCGUUGUCCCCUCGUAAUUCUACACCUGCAAAGGAGCCGUUAUUGUUGAUUAAUACGUGCAACAGAAAGGUUAUUGUAUGAGUCAGAAAAUUGAAAAGCCAGUACUAUCAGGUCAACGUAUAAAGACCAGAAAGAGAGAUGAAAAAGAAAAAUAUGAUCCAACUGGAUUCCGAGAUGCCGUUCUAUUGGGCUUGGAAAAGGCUGGUAACGAUCUAGAGGCAGUAUCCAAAUAUCUCGACACUGCUGGCUCAAAACUCGAUUAUCGCCGUUAUGGUGAAGCAUUAUUCGAUAUUCUCAUCGCCGGGGGUCUCCUCGUGCCGGGUGGCUCCAUCGCUUCUGAUGGUGAUAAACUUGUCAAGACCAAAGCUUGUGUUUUCGAACAACCAGAGGACAUGGAGUCACUCAAGAAUUACGAACAAGUAUUCAUCAAAUUGAUGCGUCGUUACAAAUACUUGGAGAAGAUGUUUGAAGAGGAGAUGAAAAAAGUACUAGUAUUUAUCAAGGGCUUCAGUCCUCAAGAGAGGAAAAAAUUGGCUAGAAUGACCGCCUUGUGGAUAUCCAAUGGCUCUGUUCCACCAACUGUUCUCUCUGUACUCAUCAAUGAGCAUCUCGUCAAGGAUAAUCUUGCUCUUGAUUUUCUUCUCGAAGUAUUUGUCACGUGGAAAAACGAGAAGGGUUUGCCAAGUCUUAUGACAGCACUGAAGCGUGGUGGGAUUGAGGGAAAAAUGAUGGAAUUUGUACCGCCUAACAAGAGGACCGAGGAGUACUUCCGUUCAACAUUUGAGACAGUUGGACUGGCUGACAUCGUCAAACUUCACAAAGCCCAGGCGAGUCAAGAAGCUAAACGCGAUCUCCAACAGCUUCUCAUCGAUGACUUGGCUGACAAUCGGCCCAUCAAAGACAUUGUUCUUGAUCUCAAAGAAAUGGCUGUCAAGAGCUGCAUUCCCGAGCACGAAGUUAUUGGUCUCAUUUGGGGUGUUGUCAUGAAUCAGGCCGAGUGGAACAAGAAGGAGGAACUUGUCGCUGAACAGGCCCUUAAACAUCUGAAAAUUUAUACACCACUUUUCGGCGCAUUCACUACCACUGCCAGAUCUGAGCUCGCUCUUAUACUCAAGGUUCAAGAGUUUUGCUAUGAGAACAUGAAUUUCAUGAAAGUCUUCCAAAAAAUUGUCCUGCUCUUCUACAAAAAGGACGUAAUUUCGGAGGCGGUAAUAAUGAAGUGGUACAAGGAGGGACAUUCGCUCAAAGGCAAAAUGCUGUUUUUGGACCAAAUGAAAAAAUUCGUUGAGUGGCUGCAAAAUGCCGAAGAGGAAUCUGAAUCCGGUGAAGACGAAGACUAAAUUAUGUCUUUCACCAGCCUGCCCCCUCCCCAUAUUUCUAUUACUUAACAGUGCAAAUCUGAAGAGAGAAUUAUCAUCAAAACAACAAGUGAGGCUAAUAAAUUGUGAAAAGCGAGUAAGCGAAACAAAAUCAUUUUUCUUUUAAUCAAACGACGAAAAUUUUCGUUGUCUUCAUUUUCGAAAUUCACGGCUACAUUCUCUAGAUACCUCCGAGAGUGCAUAUUUGGAUACAAAUAGUGUUUGAAAAUGUAAAAAUACAGAGUAACAAAAAAACAUUGGAAUGAUAAUGCUAUUUGAUAUUUGUUUCAAUGAUUAAUUACCGAGGAAAAGUCAGUAAAGCAAAAAGAAAAAUCUUUAAUAAGUAUGCAUGGGUGAUGGGUGAAUUAAAUAAAGAAUAAAGAAAACAAACAAAAAAACAACAUGCAAAAUAAACGAGUAAAUAGAAAUAAUGCCAAUUGUACAAUUACACGAUUCCUUAACAGACAACACUGUGAACAUUGAAAAAAAAAUAAAAUGGAGAUUCAAAUUGUA